AGUGAACUCGUGGACCGGCCCGGAAGGAGAGAAGGAAGGGGGGCCGGGGGGGGGGGAGGCGUGAGCUCCUCAUCCCGGACCCGGUAGAGGGGUCCUCCCAGCUCCGGCAAUGAAGCUGAAGCUGAAGAACGUUUUCCUCGUCUAUUUUUUGGUGUCCCUCACCGGCCUCCUCUAUGCUCUCCUGCAGCUCGGCAGGUCAGGUGGGUGCUCUCUGGCUCCUGCAGACGAGGCCUUUGGAGCGCCUGGAGGGAGGACCAGGCCAGCCCUGUGACUGCUCCCCGCACCUUCGAGCAGCUGCUGAGCACCUUCGCAGGAAAGACCUGAAGAUCUCCCAGCUGCAAGCUGAGCUUGGUCGGCCUCCCCCUGCUCCCGCCCAGCCCCCUGAACCCGAGGCUUUACCCACCAUUUAUGUCGUGACCCCCACCUAUGCUAGGCUGGUGCAGAAGGCUGAGCUGGUUCGCCUGUCACAGACCCUGUCCUUGGUGCCCAGACUGCAUUGGGUACUGGUCGAGGAUGCCGAGGCCCCUACUCCACUGGUUUCAGGACUACUGGCCGCCUCUGGUCUCCGAUUCACUCACCUGGUGGCCCUCACACCGAAGGGACAGCGGCUUCGAGAAGGGGAGCCAGGCUGGGUCCGACCCCGGGGUGUGGAGCAGCGUAACCGAGCUCUGGAUUGGCUCCGGGGAAAAGAGGCUGCAGUUGGUGGGGAAAGGGACCCGCCCCCUGUGGGGACUCGGGGGGUCGUGUACUUUGCUGAUGAUGACAACACCUACAGCCGGGAACUUUUUGAGGAGAUGAGGGGAACCCGAGCUGUCUCCGUGUGGCCGGUGGGGCUGGUCGGCGGCCUGCGGUUUGAGGGGCCCCAGGUGCAGGGGGGCCAGGUGGUUGGCUUUCACACAGCCUGGGAGCCAGACCGGCCCUUCCCUCUGGACAUGGCCGGCUUUGCCGUAUCACUGCCCCUUCUCUUGUCUCGGCCCAGUGCCCAGUUUGACUCCACUGCCCCCCGGGGCCACCUGGAGAGCAGUCUCCUCAGCCAUCUCAUUGACCCCAAGGAUCUGGAGCCCCGGGCUGCAAACUGCACACGGGUGCUGGUGUGGCACACGAGGACCGAGAAACCCAAGAUGAAACAGGAGGAACAGCUGCAGAGGCUGGGCCGGGGCUCGGACCCCGGCAUCGAGGUGUGACCGCAGACAUAGGUAGGCUAGAGGAUCACGUAGGUUUCCAAGGUCGUGACCCUACAGAUUUAGGGUCUGCCCUGUGGGCCUGGUGGCCAGAGUGACCGUUUCUAGGGCUCCUCCCUUCCCCCAUCUUGCCGCAUGGAGCUUGCCAAAGAAGACAAGAGGACAGUGGUGUUGAGCCAGGUCAGUCCUGGGGUGGGGAGAUCCCCCCAGGACAGAUGGACUCAGCUGGAAGAGCGGGGAUGACUGCCCGAAGAGGGGUGCUGUCCAGUUACUCAGUGGGCAUGGGCAUGCAUUUUGGGGCCUGAUCAGGUUGGGGCUGCUGGGUCCCUCCCCACAGUGAGCAUGUUCCCCCAUUCCUACCUCCAGAAUAAAGUAUGUCAAUCCUCUGA